UCAAACUGCAGCUCACUUCGCUUCGAUGUGCUUGUCAAUUUGACGUUACAUAUUGCGAGCCUACGUCUCUUUCUUUUUCCGGUCGGCACUAUGGGUAUUGAUAUCAGCCACAAAUACGAUCGCAAGGUUCGCAGAACCGAACCUAAAUCCCAGGAUGUUUACCUCCGUUUGUUGGUCAAGUUGUACCGCUUCCUCCAACGUCGCACCAACAAAAAGUUUAACCGUAUUGUGUUGAAGCGCUUGUUUAUGAGCAAGACCAACAGGCCACCCAUGUCCUUGCAACGCGUUGCUCGUUUCUUUAAGGCCGCCCAACAGCCAGAAUCAACUGUUGUCAUUGUCGGAACCGUAACCGAUGAUGUUCGUCUAUUGAACGUGCCCAAAAUGACCGUUUGUGCAUUGCAUGUCACCCAAACUGCCCGCGAACGUAUCUUGAAGGCUGGCGGUGAGGUAAUCACCUUCGAUCAACUGGCUUUGAAGUCGCCCACUGGCAAGAACUGCCUUUUGUUGCAAGGUAAACGCACCGCUCGUACAGCCUGCAAACAUUUCGGAAAGGCACCCGGUGUACCUCACUCCCACACCCGCCCCUAUGUUCGCUCCAAGGGACGUAAAUUCGAACGCGCCCGUGGUCGUCGUUCCAGCUGUGGUUAUAAGAAGUAAACAAU